ACGGCCGCCCGGCGGUUGGGCGCGGCGGGACGGUGCGGCCCUGCUGACACGUCCCGGCACCGCCCGCCGACGGCCUCCCGCCGCCAUUUUGUGCGCGCCGCGGCCGGCGGGUGCGAGAGCUUGGGGAGCUGCGGGCUCUUGCCGGCGCCGCCAUGCCUUCCUCGCCGCUGCGUGUGGCCGUGGUGUGCUCCAGCAACCAGAACCGUAGCAUGGAGGCGCACAACAUCCUCAGCAAACGAGGAUUCAGCGUCCGCUCCUUCGGGACAGGGACUCACGUGAAACUGCCAGGACCAGCCCCCGACAAGCCGAAUGUUUAUGAUUUCAAAACAACAUAUGAUCAGAUGUACAAUGAUCUGCUUAGGAAAGACAAAGAACUAUACACACAGAAUGGAAUUUUACACAUGUUGGACAGAAAUAAGAGAAUCAAGCCACGACCAGAAAGAUUCCAGAACUGCAAAGACGUUUUUGACUUGAUCCUAACGUGUGAAGAAAGAGUCUAUGAUCAAGUAGUAGAAGAUUUAAAUUCCAGAGAACAGGAGACGUGUCAGCCAGUACAUGUGAUCAACGUGGACAUUCAGGAUAACCACGAGGAGGCAACCCUGGGAGCUUUCCUUAUCUGUGAGCUCUGCCAAUGUAUACAGCACACAGAAGACAUGGAAAAUGAAAUAGAUGAGCUGUUACAGGAAUUUGAAGAGAAAAGUGGAAGGACUUUUCUUCAUACUGUCUGCUUUUAUUAAAGCACAUCUGUCUCCUUAGGCCUUAAUCCAGAUGAGGGAAGCAUGUGUUUAAAGUUCUGAUUAUACUGUAUUUUCUUCCUGGAAAAUGAAUAUUGAUUGGGUUUUUUUCCCCCACCUUCCUUUCUUUCUCCCUUUCUUUCUCCCUUUCUUCCUUCCUUUCUCUCUUCCUUUCUCUCUUCCUUUCUCCCUUCCUUUCUCCCUUCCUUUCCCCCUUCCUUUCCCCCUUCCUUUCCCCCUUCCUUUCCCCCUUCCUUUCCCCCUUCCUUUCCCCCUUCCUUUCCCCCUUCCUUUCCCCCUUCCUUUCCCCCUUCCUUUCCCCCUUCCUUUCCCCCUUCCUUUCCCCCUUCCUUUCCCCCUUCCUUUCCCCCUUCCUUUCCCCCUUCCUUUCCCCCUUCCUUUCCCCCUUCCUUUCCCCCUUCCUUUCCCCCUUCCUUUCCCCCUUCCUUUCCCCCUUCCUUUCCCCCUUCCUUUCCCCCUUCCUUUCCCCCUUCCUUUCCCCCUAAAAACCUUUUCUGUGUCUGUUAUGGUUUUGUUUGGGGUAUUCUGUCACAGGUAGGCAGAGAUACUGGUUGGGGUUGUACAUAGGAGAGGGUUAAAAGUAUACACAAAGGCCACCUAUUUAAAUAUGAGAAGUGUUUCUUUGGCUCCUACUUUAAUUAUUUACAAGUAGGGUUUUAAUUCUAAAGAGAAUGUUUUGUUGAAUAUAAGUUUAUAAUGUAUUUUUUUUUGUCCAGCUUACAAAUUUAUUUCAUUUCAGUUUGUGCUUUUGUUGGUUGGGUUUGGGGUUGUUUUUUUUAUGUUCAUGUGACAGAAUGGCUGAACUCUGUGAGGAUGUGAAUGGAACAGUGGGAAAAAAAUGAGUAUCUGUAUAUUAUUAGCUAUAAAGUUGGAAGCAUCCAAUAAAAAUGAAAAGCCUCUAAA